CGUUGUCCAGCAGCGCUCACCCACCGGAAAGCGGAAAGGACAGCUUGCUAGCACGGCCUUACGCGUGCACGUCUCGCCCUCUCUUCACACGCGACCACAAGGGGUUCGUUCACCAGGGGCUCAUCACGUUUGUCCCGCGGGACGCGCCGCACAUGCGAAGGGCCUCAAUUUCCCUUCUGGAAGUCCUCAUGCAGAGGAGGCAGAGGAGAGAAGAAGGUCACUGUGCUCUUUCAGACCUAGAAGCUGCUUAUCCCGGAGCGGCCUGGGCUCCAGAAAGCAGGCGGCUUCUAUUAGUGUAUGGGAGGGGCACCCCGAGCCUCGGCUGCGCGGCUCACAGUGACCCUGAGGAGUGUGGGGCUGCCCGACCAUGCUGGGCCGAGCCUGCCUCUUGCUUCAGAGAGACUUCAGAGAGUUGAUGGAGAAAGGUUACGAGGGUAUUACGGCCUUUCCUGUAAGUGAAGAUAUGAUGGAAUGGAAGGCUAACAUUGCAGGUCUACAGAAUUCAGUCUGGCAGGGGUUAGCUUUCGAAGUGACAGUAAGUUUUACACCAGACUACAACUUUGUCCCUCCAGCCGUGAGAUUUGUCACAAUUCCUUUUCAUCCCAAUGUAGACCCGGAUACUGGUGAGCCCUGUAUCGACUUUAACAACCCUGAUAAAUGUAAUCCAAGGUACACAUUGAUCCGCAUCUUACUCACCCUGCCGGUUAUGCUUUCUAACCCAGUGACCAAAAAUCCUGUGAAUUUGGAAGCGGCCCAGAUGCUGACCGAAGAUCUGUCCAUGUACCGGAGAGUACUUCAGAGACUUUUCCAGGGACCAUUACAAUUGGAAGACAGCUGCCCCCUGCUACCUGAACACUCACCCAAGCUGCUCAGUGCUGAGAACAGAACGCCCAGCUGCACACAUGCUAGGCCAAGCAAAGCCAACUCAUUUGAUGAUUACCACAAGACCCUUAGCCACGUCGCAAGCCUCGGAAUACCACAGAAGGCCACAGUACAAAAAUGCCUAAUUUCCAAGGUUUGUGGCCGGGGCUGCAUUGUCAAGUGGACACAGUGCCCGGGGCCGGAAGAGGGACCACGCAGGACCCUGGCUGUGCGAGUGUGGUGUCGAGAGAUGGUAACUGGCAAGCCCAGCCGUGAGCCCGAGUCGGACCCUCCAACCCACACAGCUUUCCAGAGCAGCAGGCCGGUGUGCGGGCAACGUGCCGACUCCAAACCGGCAGCGCAAGAAAGGAACAGAAGCACAUCCGAGACCUAAAAUAAUCUGGGAAGUCUCUCUUCAAACAAAGAACAACUGAGAAAUGGAAGGAAAGAAUAGAGCCGCCAGACUGCUGUUUCUUCCUCCUACGAUUUUGGCCCCCAAAUCUUUAACUUUGUUGUUUCCACCGUAGAAUUCAACUCUCUUCGUAAAGCCAAUAGCUAAUAACGGCUCUUUUCGGCCCAGGCGGAUUUCUGACAUUUUGAAGCUAGCUCUCUGCCAAAUUUUCAAAGUCACCCUGUGUCCUCUUCCCCUGCAGAGUUCAUCUAGGAGCUUUCCUUCAGUAAUAACCGGCACUUCAUUAAAAAAAUGAAAAGUAAACUUUACGUGCCCUGCUGGCCGUUUGUCGUUGGAGAGUCGGGCUGGAUUGGACCCAGUGCUGUCUUUCUCAGUGGCCUAAUUUCCUGGCGAUAACAAAGAUAAAGCUUGUAGGUGAUGGAAUGCUUCUGCAAUGACUCAGAAAUAGAAGGAAAACUUGCAGUAAUCUUAUUUUCUACACUUGCCUUCUUAUCAUCGUGCUUGAAGAUCCACACUUCCCUGAACAGUACUCCAAAUGGAAGGAAAUGGAUCUGCCAUAUCCCGAAGAGUGGAAGUUCAAAUUUGCCAUCGCCAGGUCUCGGUUUGCCCGAGAGAGCAGAGUACCAAGCAGUGUCAGCCUUUCAGGGGAGAUGAACCACCUCUGCCCUACUCCAGAAGAACACCCUACUGAGUCACAACCAGAACUAGAUCAUGUCACAGAGACCCAUGAAACAGAGGACGUGUGAAAGGAUGAGGAUUCGCCCUAUGACUAUUACACGUAUGAUCUGGGGGAAGAAGAAGUGGAUGAGCUGAUCGCCUGGACCAUGCUCUCAAUGCAGAUGCUUUAGACGACUAGACCUGCGCUCCCUCUCCACAACUCAACAAACAGGCAGCCUCCACCAUGGUUGGAUUCUGCUUUUCACAAGUUGGUCUCAUCCUCUUUCUGUAAGUGCAGAGGAGGAAAAUACAAGUGAGCAUAAAGUGGUGAAUAUGUUACUGUGAAUGGUUUGAGUCCUACUUCUGUGCCUGGAACAGAGUUAGCCAAGUUAGAUGCACUCGUUGUUGUAAAGUAGAUGUUCUCAGGCACAGAGCUACUGCUGUUAGGCAACCAAGUCUAAGAUUUUCAGGGAGGAAGUAAGUCAGAAAGGUGUUGGGCCAGGAGGGGACCUCUGGAGACUGGACAGAACCCAAACAGUGGGAUCUAUUCAUUCAUCUACACCCAUCCUGUUUCUUGUUUCCUCUGUAUUCAAAGGAGGAGAUGCCCUACUGUAUACUGAUGUCCUUCUGCUGUCUUCCUGAGCUCAUGCUGUUUUCUCUUUGACCAUGACCAACCAACCUCUCAUACUCUUGUAUCUUUAUUUUCUCCCUCUUUCUGCUGUGUUGCCUCAAUUGGUAGUUUUGCUUGUGUCUCUCCUGUUCUAAAAUGAGCCUGCUACAAAACACAUGUGGGACCUUGCUUCAGGGAUAAUGGGAAUAAAAAUAGGCAGCAGUAUGAAUUUGCAAGUGAAAGCUUUGAGAAGGAAGGAAAAUGAGAAAGAACGUUAGCUGGAGCCAAAGAAAAGCAGAAGGGGACUGAUGGAGAAGCUCAGACUAGUCCAGGAGACAAAGGAAAGAAAGAAACAAGCUGUUAUGGGCUACGGUGCAGGCUAGGAUCUGAUAACCUCCCAGUGGUUCAUAAGUAUGGAAUUUUUGGAGCUUUCCAUGUGGGGAGUAUUCCUUCCUUGUGUGGCAUGUCUCAGUGGUCGUUCUCAUUGGGACAUCAUGGUGCGCCAUUCCUCACCUAUUACGACACCCCUUGUCCCUGCAGGAAGAGAGGGUGAAGGGGGUGGUACCUCCUGUGCACUGUUGGAAGAGGCCUGGGGAAAAGACAUCUCUACCUCUUGGAUGAAGGCCUGAGACUCCCUCAUGCUCUUGUCUUCAUGUGGGGGCUCUAGGCUAAGGCCAUAUUAUUAUUACUCU